GGUUUUUUUUUUUUUUUUUUUUUUUUUUUUUUGUAAAUUUUAAAAAGCUUUUGUUGGUAAUUUAAGGGUGCUACUUUCUACACCCCCUAAUUACUUUUUUCACCCCCUCCUCUCACAUACUUACAGGUGGGGCCUGCGUGGGACCGACAGUUUUCCUCUCAUAAGGGGGUAUAAUCAGGAAUGAGGGGGGUGUGUAUAGAAUGAGCCUAAUUUAAACAAGCCAAAAUUCACUGUAAAAGUGCAAAAAGUUGUGAUUUUUUUGAGUGUGGGCUCUGUUCUGUGAUAAUUAUAUAAAUUAUUGAUGUCCCAUGAUGUUUAAAAAAAAAAAAAAAAAAACAAUAUUGUAACAGUUAGGUUUGGUGGCAAUCUUAUCCUGAUGUGUAAUAUCCUGUCUACUAGUAGUACAAUAAUUAGUCCUUUUUUGUUAAACCAUAGUGAACUUUAGUGUUCAUGAGUGUACUCCAAUGCCAAGUUUCUACAUUACAUGAUCACAUAGAUAUUUAUUCAUAUUUCAUAUACCAUCGGUUACGAAUCAAAUGGCGAUGGAGCGAUACGUCCAAGAUACGCUGGAACAAGACAACUUUAACAAAGAAGAUGAUGCUUCUUUGAACAAGUGGAAGUCCUCAAGCGAGUCGAUUGACGAAUCUGAAAACUGUUCUUCAGGCGGGUUUGACUGCAACAUUUGUCUAGACACGGUCAAUGAUCCGGUGGUGACGUUAUGCGGGCAUCUCUACUGUUGGCCCUGCAUUUACAAAUGGAUCCACCACCAAAAAAACCCACCCGAAUACCCAAAAAGCGUUCAGUGCCCCGUUUGCAAAAGUGACGUCUCGCAAAAGACGUUAAUCCCAUUAUAUGGUCGAGGGCAGACCGCAGAACCUUUGUCGGAUAAAAAAGAUGACAUCACCAUCCCACAUCGGCCCGUUAGUCCGAGAUGUAACGUGCCAGCUCAGCAGCUUAAUCAUCGACAUUACCAACACGCGCCGAUGCCUAUGGCUGUGUCGGGUCUUGGUGGCAUGACGAUGACAAACAUGAUCAAUCCUACUAGUCCAACAACCGGCAUACUUGGAGAGAUUGUGUAUGAGAGGAUUUUUGGUAACUCGCACUCUACUUUAUUCGCGUAUCCAAAUUCGUAUAAUUUAGCGGGGAUAAGUACUCAGCGGGCUAGAAGGCAGGCGAUGCAGGCUGAUAGAUCGUUGAGCCGGAUUUGCUUUUUCUUACUUUGUUGUAUAAUUUUGUGCCUUCUUUUAUUUUGAAAAGCACACUUUUAUUGACCUUUGGGCUUUGUGUAUAUUUGUAAGAGGUUGUGAGUAGUUGUUUAUAGUUUGGCCUUUGGUCCUGCAACCCUUGGUGGUUGAUUAGCUUAUGUAUAUGUAUGGUACAUAAUGUACCUACUUGUGAUUGGUUGAUGGUGUUUCAGACUAAUUUUAAGAAGUUAUUACCAGGAGGUUUCUUUCUGGUUUGUUAUAUAAUUGGUUGUGUUA